CCAGCACCAGCACCAGCCCACGAACUCAACUACAUAUCCAAACAGCACUUGGAACCGAGAACCACAGCAUCGACAUCACAUUUCAGCAUAAGCCUCAGCCCUACUGCAAUUCAAGAAUCUUGAGACUCUGAUCAAUACCGGCCCACUUACCCCACAAGACUACUGCAACCAUGCCUCCAUCAACAAGUUCUGGUUCUUCGACCGCCGUAAAGACAACGACUCGACCUGUCAAAGUACCAUGCUGGUGCGGAGAUGAUUGCCAGUGCUGUAUCAUUCCAUGCAGCGUGAUGUGAACGAGAGUUGCCUACAACGCACCACAAAUGCUGUACAAAGUCCGCCCUGCCAGUCGAUGCGGAAGCUCUUCUGAGGUUUUUAAGAUUGCGAGUCAUUUUGUUUGCAAGUCAUUCUGGUUUCAAGCAUAAAAUUGUCAUAGGGGUAUC